UCAAGGCGCACAAAGAAUGUGGGUGUAACUGGUUCGAACCGGCUUUUUUUUGCACACGUACCGCGGCCACGUCUAUGAUCAUAGUAACGUGCCGGCAUUUUUGCGCUCGUGUACACACGGAGCACAUGUUACUAAUGCCAUUACGAUUAAAACUUUCGUUCAUUUCGCGUUCAGUCAUCCGUAGUUCACUUUUGUCUUUUAUUGUCUUGAACAGCGUGGCGACUUUUUACAGAUUUGACUGAAAGAAAGAACUGAUUUUGAGUAAGAUUUACUCAGAACACGCCAAUUUUUAGAGCUAUUGGGUUGGUAGGUUGUUUUCACUAACGUGAGUUAGGCCUACUGUAGGAAAAUGGAGAAACGCAAGUCAGAGAAAAAUGGCACGAAGCCAGGGGAAGGAAAAGACGACGCAGUUUCCAGUGCUGGUUCAAGCGAUGUUGUGGUCCUUCGGCGUGAAAUUGGGCUCUGGGGAUGCGUCUCGGUCUGUGUAGGCAUCAUGAUCGGCUCCGGCAUCUUUAUCUCACCCAAGGGAAUCCUGCAAAACACAGGGACGGUGGGCAUGGCGCUCAUCGUCUGGGUCCUCACUGGGUUGAUGUCCGGACUUGGAGCCCUCUGCUUCGCUGAGCUGGGCACCACAUUCACCAAGUCGGGUGGCGAGUACGCCUUCCUGUUGGAGGCUUUUGGCCCACUGGCAGCCUUCCUGAGACUUUGGGCGAACAUCAUCGCCAUCGGCACCGGUACGAUCGCCGUUUUAGCAAUCACCUUCGCUAAUUACGCGCUAGCUGCUUUCUUCGGUGACUGCCAGGAUGUGCCGAUGACCGCCGUCCGUCUUGUGGCGGCAUUGAUCCUGUUUGUGAUUUUCUACCUGAACAGCGUCAGCGUGACGUGGACCACGAGAGUUCAAGUCUUUCUGACCAUCGCUAAGGUCAUCGGUCUAACUAUCAUCAUCAUCACCGGCAUUGUGCUUCUCUUCCAAGGAAAAACCGAGCAUCUUGAGAAUGCAUUUGCUGGUUCAGAAAACACCGAUGCCACCAAGAUACCAUUGGCGUUCUAUUCUGGCCUUUUUGCGUAUGCUGGAUGGCAGAUGUUGGCGCAGGUGACGGAGGAGAUCCAGCACCCUGCAAGAAACCUGCCCUUGGGUGUUAUGCUGUCCGUGGCCAUUGUCAUGGUAGUUUACCUACUGACUAACGUCGCGUACUUCACCGUCGUCUCCCCACAAGAGCUUCUCAUCUCCAAGGCUGUUGCCGUGACGUUUGGUGAGCGGAUGUAUGGAUCAAUGUUAUUCAUUAUUCCCCUCUCUGUUGUUCUGUCCUGCGCCGGAUCUAUCAAUGGCAGCCUUCUCAGCGACUCUAGGACCACGUUUGUUGCAGCGAGAGAGGGCCAUCUUCCCCUCAUUCUGUCCAUGAUCAGCAUCAACAAACGUACCCCGCUACCUGCUGUCCUGCUCAUGCUGCCCAUCUGCUUAAUCAUGCUGACCAGCAACAAUGUCUACAGCCUCAUCAACUACCUGAGCUUUGCCAAGUGGUUGUUUCUGGGACUGUCGGCUGCCGUGCUGCCUUACAUGAGAUGGAAGAGGCCGGACCUCCCAAGACCUUUCAAGGUCAGCUUGAUCAUUCCCAUUCUGUUCAUCUUGUCCUGCUUGUACGUGGUCAUCGUCUCUCUCUACUCUGCCCCAAUGGAUUGUGGGAUCGGAUUGGCCAUUCUACUGACGGGUGUACCCGUGUACUACCUGUGCAUCUGGUGGGAGAAGAAACCCGUAUGGCUGGAGAACUUCAUGAUCACAUCGACCAUUCGCCUUCAGAAACUGAUGCUUGUUGUUGUCCAGGAGAAGGAAACGUACUAAGUUUCACCACUGAGUCUUCCUGAUGGGAGUCGGGGGGCAAGACAGCAAAUGUAGGCAAGUUUUGCCCAGUCAAGGUCUUCUUUUCAUAAAUACACCUGCAUCUGUUAAACAUGUUUCACUUCUGUAUGGUUUAAAUGAACACUCGUUGCAACGCGAGCUUGCAGACGCGAAGCACUCUGAAAAUACAUCCUUGGAAAAUUGAAAAGUGCCUUAAACGUUGACAUUUAGGGCAGUUGAGCUAGCAGAGAUGCUGAACUGUGUAUUUCUACUUAUUCUAAAGGUCAUUGUCCAACAGUGAUGGCCAGUGUUUAAAAAAACCAGUCCUUCAAGAACCUGAACGAAAGUCAUGCUCACAGUUCGAUAUUGUGUUGCAUCUGAGCUUUUUCCAUUUUUAGUGCCUGGGAAAAAAUUACAUAGUCUUUUGGUGAACAACUCCAAGUAUAGAUGCCCUCAUUUGUUUUGAAAACCAGCCCCUCCCCCCCAAAAAAAUUAUCAGUGCAGACUUACUCUGUUUUAGUCUUGGAAAUGAUUAGACUUGUUUCAGUUUGGGGCAUUAGGGUAAUCCGUGUAGUAGUGUUAGGCACCGGGUGGAAGGAUUCGUCUAUACUCUCCAGAAGAAUUAGUAGCCUUUUCCACAAAUCAGUUCUGAACUGAGAAGUUUUCGUUUCUGUAAAUAUAUUUAUUGGGCAGUUUCGAUGGGGCAGGGCAAAGUGUUGCAGUCCAGAUGUCACAAGAUGGGACAUACAUUGUAAGUAGCAGGGUGAACAAUGACAAAGGAAUGCUUUUGUUGCAGUUCAGCUGAAUAGCCUGUGACUUGAAUUCAGACUGGAGGUCUUGUGUUGUCUUAAGGGGUCCCGACUUUAAUGUGGGUGGGGGUAGGGUAUUAAUGAAUGGACAGUGUUGUCAUGCUUCAGUUGUUUCAUGUUAAUAAAUUGGGUGUUGGUGCUAUGUGGCUUUUUUUUUCUCAAUUAACCACCUUGAUAAAAAAAAUCCUCCAUUUGUUAUGAGUUAAUUUCCUUAAGGCAAGAAUCAUUUUUAAUAAGAUAUACCGUUGACUGAUUCUGUAGCAUGUUUUUCUGUUUAUUUUGGAGUGAAAAGGGAAGUUACCUAGCUCUUUUUUUUAAAAAAGAUUUAUGAUUUAUCCGUGCACUGUUCAAUAUAUAUACUGCUGGUUAUAUAUGGAAACAGGGUCAGAGAUGUGAAGAUAUUUUAACUUUAUUCUGAAUAAGUUAAUGGGAUUUUUGUGUUUGUGAGUGUUCCGAGAGAUGUUACCUUUUGAAUUUGUCAAAAUUUGAAAUGCUUGCAUGUAAAUAUACAGAUACCUCUGAGAUCAUAACAAAGAGUAUCGUCAACGUAAAAAAUGAGGACUAUUUGCAAAACUUUCCUUUUUCAAUUCGAUACGUUUCCAUUGAGUUUCUUGGGUUUUUUUUUUAGAGCUCCCAGUAAGGCAACUCUUACCUUUAUGAUAUAAAGAUGUUUUAAGGAGGUUUUGUAGGGAGGAUUAAAAAAUAAAAAAAAAGAUCAGCCAAUGCGUUGGCUCUAAACUUGAAUGCUCAGCCUCACAGUAAUGAUGUCCGAGCUUAGAGCAUUUAGAGGUUAAACUAGAAUUGAAAAAAAUCAAUGCAAUGUAUUUCUAAUGUAACAAUACAGUGUAAUUUUGACAAGCUAGGUUUUUUUGAUAGAGGCAGCGUCGUCUAAUUGAAUCUGAGAAUUCCAAUUGUUGCACUGUUGGCAUUUUCAAUGCAAUGAAAUGGUCCAAGCACGAAGAAAAGUUUUGCUGUGUGGGCUUGACGUAAAAAUCUUUGUACAAAGCAUUUUAUUGGCAUGAAAUAACAUACUAAGGAUAUUUUAAGAUGUGUGCAGACAUCAAUUUAAUGUAAAGCUUUACAGGUGUCAGUUUGGAGUUUUAUUUACAGUUUGUGAAAAACUAGUAAUCUUAGAAUUGUCCUUUGCUUGGACAUCAACAGUCCAUCAAACAAGUAUUUUUUUCGGGAUAUUGAAUAGCAUUACACCUGUUCUCAAGGUUUUGGGCCUCAACAUUUUGACUUGCUGGUAUCAUAUUUACCUUGGUGUGAAGUGACUAAACAUUAGUAGAAAAAUAAAGUUGCAGGCAAACAUUUUUGGGUCAUAUCUGUUACUAUGUAAAUAUAUUAUCAUUAGUGUUAAAGAGCUCUUAUUUUUGGAAUUUGUUCCAAUUUCCAUUUGAUUUUAAUUCAGUUAAGCUUAGGUGGCAAAAUAUAUUAAGCAAGGUGUGAUUUUAAGCAUGAAUUCGGUGUUUAAACCUGCAUGAAAUUUUAGGGCCAUUUUUUCAUGGGCAGUUAUUAAACCUUCCCAAAUGUGCUGAAAUCAGCGCCUGAAUUUAGCUUGAAUUUUUAUGAAUUUGGGUCUGUUGCCCAACAACUGUUCAUGCUACUGUUAUUACUGAGAGCUGGUAAUCUGGAGAAGUUCCCAAAUAGGUGACAAAGUUGGAACAAGAUAAUGUAAAUAUUUUAGUAUUAUAGCAUGAGUUGUUUAAUGUUUCCAAUUUUGCCUCAGUGUUUUGUUUUGAAAAAAAAUAUUGUCCAAAAAUGGACAUUUUUGUACAUAUAAAAAAAUUCUUUUUCCCAUUGGAAAUGUAUGUUUAGAUUUUGCAUUAGGAUUGCUGAAGCAUGUAAUAUUCAGCAAGCUAUCUUCAUUUAUGAUUGGGACAACUAGAAGGUGUUAUCACAGUAUUUAUGUGUUGACUUGAGCCUACUGAAAUAUUUCUAGGAAGUCACCGUUUUGUCCCCAUCAAAAAUGCAGCUACGUUUGGUUUCUUGUAAACGUAUGAAGAGAGAGAGAAAUAUUGAAAUUCUUUUAUUUUGUCUGCUGCUUUCAAAAUGUAGUCCUUGUAUAUUCCAUUGGCAAGAAAUAACACCAUGGAAACUAUCUGCACAGUA